AUGGGUCUCGCUGUGCUGCUGGUGCUGUGUUUGACGCUGGUGGGAGUGGAGCCUCAGACGGGCACAGUCGCCCCCCCUAUGGAGCUGCAGUGUCCGCAGAAGGAGCUGCAUCUGCUCGACUCCCCCGUCAGCCUCACGUGUGUGUGGGCCUCCACCGUGACCCUCACCUACCGGCCCAGCGCCUCGGUACCGGCCACCGGCGACCCCCCGACCUGCCGCUGGGCGGUGGCCGACGCGCCGCCCGCCAUCACCCGCCAGUGGUCGGGGGCCCAGACGCUGGCGACGCCCAACACCAGCUCAGUGAUCACCGUGAACUACACCUCGGCCUCCUGCCCCGAGUGUCGCUACCGGCAGAUCCGCGUCUCCCUGGCGGCCCAGGCGGUGCUGCUCUUCGCUCUGACCUCCCCCCGGAGCCCGGCCGUGGAGUUCGAGGACCUGGGCCUGGUCUGGUGCGCGCUGUUCAAGAGCGAGGACUGGAGUUACCUCCUGAGCUGCGCGGGCGGCUCCCCGGCCUCGCUCAACCUCUCCAGCCCGAGCCACAGCCCCCUGCCCGCCGGCGGGGUCCCGGCCGACGAGCGCGCGCAGUGCUCGGGCCGCUACGCCUACGUGGCCCGGGUCCACUUCCCUCGGGCCGGCAGUUACAGCUGCGCCCUGAGCAGCCCCGCGGGCCCCGCGCUCAACCUCAGCCUCGCCCACUCGCUGGAGCCCGAGCUGAUGGGGCUCCUGAGCGCCACGUCGGGCGUCCGGAACCUUCGGUCGGAGCGGCUGCGGCUGUCCUGGCGCCUGGACGCGGCCUCUCCGCUCGGGGUGAGCUACGAGUUGGCCUCGCAGGCCCCGGGCAGCCAGGCCUGGAACGUGACCCGGCACCGGCUCGCCGCCCCGGCCCGGCUGUGCGCGGCGCCCCGGCCGCUGGCCGGGCAGCAGGUGGCCCGGGCGCUGCUGCUGCUGCGGGCGGACAGCGACACCGUGCGAGCCUCGACCGGCAUCGUCCGCCUGGAGCGCGGGGUCCUGAGCGUCGACCACCGGGGGAGUAGCUUCUCCCUCACCCUCCACCCCACCCUGAGCGUCAGGGCCCUGUACUACGUCGACGGGACGAACGCCCUAUACUACACCAAGACGGUGCCCCCGCGGCUCCAGACCGAGCACUCGCUGCUGCUCCGGGACGGCGACAUCACUCACUUCUUCAGACUGGACUACCGGAGCGCCGACCAGUACGUCGUCACCGUCCAACUCUACCUCAACCGCCGAGCGAACCUUUACCUCGGCACCGAGGCCAUGGGCGCCUCCCUGUCCCUGUACGACAGCGGCUCGGCCCGGCCCGGCGGCACCGUCAGCCUCGUCUGGUUCAUUCCCGCCCAACACCCGAUGAUCCGGUGCGGUUGGUCCUUCGCGCUCAACGUCAGCCGCGCUUCGGGCGCCGUCGACACCACGACCUACGGCUUCGGGCAGGCGGUCAGGGAGGCCCAGACCCACAUCCCCCGCGUGACCCUGCGCUUCGACCCGCGGCUGUACGCGGGUUUCGUGGCCCGGGUCCGCUGCUCCGCCCCCGCCAGGAGGUCGGUGCGCCUGACGGCCAGUGUCGGCUCCUACCGCCCGCAGCCCGCGGACUCGGAGAUCUUAUGCGUCCGGGACGCCUGCGAGACCCCUCACCCGGUCAUCCAGAAGCCGCUUCCCCCCCAGAAGGCCAUCAUCGCCAGAAAGGGUUAUCCUUUCGAUGUGUACGCGGAGGCGGGGCUGAGCUGCCGCGUCAUCGUGUCAGUCCGCCUGACCUGGCAGGUCUACCGGGUGCCAAACCUGCUGGCACUGCCCGCCCAGAACAUGAGUGUGGCACUGCCCUCCAACCUGCUGUCCAACAUUGCCACUCUGCACGUCCCGUUGCGCACCUUCGACACCGGGUUGUACCUCUUUGAUUUCCACGUGAAUAUGACGAUUUCGGACCCCAACGUACCAUUCCUUCAAAACUCGGAUCAAGUCCACGUCCGGGUGACCAGCAGUGAGCUGGUGGCGCUGAUCGCAGGCGGCUCCUACAGAAUUGUCGCCUCUCACCGCGUCUUGGUACUAGACGGCUACGAGAGUGCAGACCCCGACUCUGCUUCCCAGCACGAAAGUCUCGUGUUCACCUGGUAUUGCACCACAAACCCUUCAGAUUACAAAAAAAUGAUUUUAUCCAGGAGUCAAUGCCUCAGGAGGCAAAGGACAUUUAACCUGAUCUCAGGAAUACCUCAGAUUCUAAACAUUAUUCCCAGAAGAUUCAGACUCGAUAAGAUAUACCAUUUUCGGCUGGUGAUUAAAAAAGAUAAUAGAGAGAGUUAUUUUGACCAAAUCAUCAAGGUGGUAUCUGGCACCCUUCCGGAGACUUCCAUUGAAUGCAUUGAGAACUGUGAAAAGUACAUUAUACCAACAGAACGCUUCAUUCUGUCUGGCAUUUGCACAAACUGUUCUGACAGCUUAAAGUACGAAUGGAGUCUGCUUUCAGGAGACCAAUUCACCAAGAUCAGCUUUGACUGGUCCAACACUGCCACAGGAAGAUCUCUAGUGUACAUUUCCGUAAACGCAAAAACGUUUCUGGGGAGCCAAGACACAUUGUAUGUGUUUGAACUUAAGAUAACAAGAGCCGGUGGCACGUCUGGCACAGCCAGAUAUGUCUUCAAUGUCAAUGCUCCCCCUAAAAUAGGUGCCUGUUCCAUCACUCCAAAACGCGGCAUUGCCUUGCGCACCAAAUUUACCGUGCGAUGCUCUGGGUUUUAUGACUCAAAUGGACCGCUACGGUACAAGAUUACAGCAGUGGCAUUUUACCAAAGCGGCACUAUAAAUACUUUGCAGAACAAAGCUCUCGGUACAAUUGUAUAUUUUGGAUUUGAACCCAUCAGCCCACCAAUAGUGCUUCCAAUCGGUGUGUCCACUGGCCGACGUCUGCUUCUCAUCCAGGUUCAGGUUUUUGACGAUCUUGGGGCAUAUUCAGCAGUCAGCCUAAAGGUCAGAGUGGACGAUUUGACAGUGGAUUGGUUGCACGGAUCUAUAGUGGACAAACUGUUGACUUUUGUGGAAGGAAAGACUACACCUUUGACAAUUCUUCUCCACGGGACGGACUACGUGGAAGUCAACCAGAUGUAUUAUAUAAUAGGUUCUGUGCUAAACGAUCGGAAUUUCAAAGGUAAAGAACUGACCAAAGUCAUCCAGUUUCGUGAAACUCUCUUGAAUGGAACUGUUGCCAUGGAAAUCACAUCCCCUUUGUUGAUCACCCAAAUAGCAGCUUCAAUUUUUGAAAUUGCAAAGAAGAAGAACGAGGUCAAUAAGAAUUCUCAGGUGCUUGCUGUGAGAAAAUUGCAGGAUCUUUCAUCAUCUCUCUAUAACUAUACGUUAGGAAAUAUUGGGUCUGAGAGCACUGAGAGUCUGUCUGCUGGCAUCAUGACUGCAGGGGCCAAUGUGAUGGCUGCCUUCUUAUUGCCUUUUCCAAAGGGCGGCACGGAUGCAGGUGUAACACUGACUUCAGCCCAGCUAGAAGUGACCAAUAAAGUCUUCCCUACUUUAAGAUCUUUGACGGAGUCAGUGUCUAACGGCAAAGUACCAGGAGAAAUAAACACUUUCAUGAAGGUUAAAGAAUGGGGAAUAACUAUAAAGAAAAACGAGAAAGAGGAAGUCGAGGAUUCGUACUUUACCGAUACAAAUUGUCUCAACUGCAUCUACCCAUCAUUGUCGAAAACCUCUUCGUCAGGCAAAGAUCCUGUCUCCUCUGCGGUUUAUGAAUUUAAAGAUAAUCCCUUGCCCUGGCUUGGAAAAUCGGCUCAUAUUGUUACAGAUGUAACCGCCUUUGAUAUGUUUGUCAUUGACAAAAAUGGACAAGUAAAGGAUUUGAAUCCGGAGGAGCUAGAAACAAUUCUAAUGAGAAAAGUUAAAGUGGAACCAAAGCGCAUCAAACUAGCCAAAGAUACGGUGAAAACUGGUGUGAUAAUUGGCCAUUUCAAUGCUGGAAUUGACCCUAGCCAAGUUUCAGAAGCAUUUGUUCAGCUAGUUGCUGAACCAAACCCAAUCUUUGAAAUUAAUAUAUACUCGGGCAAAGAUUCUACCAAACAGAGUGCAGCACAAACACUUAUAAUCCCAGAGUGCGAAUCAGGUGAGACUAUACUAAAAGGAAGGACCUUUCACAUAUGGGAUCCUUAUGCUUUUCGCAUUCCAAUCAAUCUGUUCAAGAAGGAACCCGAUAAUGCAACAGGAAUCAACUAUGUUACCAUCACCGUGGAAACCAACUACCCCAAGGCUGGUCGCCUACUUAAAAGAGGAAUAGGCAUUUCUUUUUUUACAGCAAAUUGUCUAACUUUCGAAGGGGACUCUGACAAGUGGCACACAAGCUCUUGCAAAACUGGUAUUCUAACCAACAAUGAGAGAGUUCACUGCAUUUGUAAGAGUGUUAGGAAGAAAAUAUCUAGAAGGCAAAGUAGACUCCUCAGAUUUCCAUGGUUCCUGACAGCAAGUGUUCUGGUGCUCCCAGAACUUGUGGAUUUAUACGAUACAAGGAAGUUACUUGACACACUCCCAAGGAAUGUGGUGACGAUUGUUACAGUAAUAAUCAUCUUCUUGCUGUACUUUAUAAUAGCUAUAUGGGCUUUUAGAAAGCGAAAGAGUGACAAAGCAUCAGUCAGCAAAGUCAUCGUCCUGCUUGACAAUGAUCCCUGUGAAACCUUUUGCUAUCUUGUGACAGUUUACACAGGGGCUAGGCCUGACUCUAGCACAACAGCAGAUGUUUUCCUGACCCUGGUAAGUAAAUGUUUCCAGAGUGACGUCCAUCAUCUCAAACAUCCAGAUCAUCAAAUCUUCCUAAGAGCUGGUGUGGACACCUUCCUUCUCACCACUGAGGAGGAUCUCGGGGACCUCACCUCCAUCAGGGUCUGGUGCAAAACUGCUGGCCACUCACCAGCGUGGUACCUCAGCAGAGUUAAAGUGCAAAAUGUGUUCACCAAAAAGCUCUGGUUCUUUGUGUGCAGAAAGUGGUUUGCUGCUGAAAAGGGUGAUGGUUUAUUAGAUAGGACCUUUCCAGCUGUACAACCUGAGACUCGCAUAUCACGCCGUGAUGCCUUCUUCAUUGAUUUUUCAACCAAUAUAGAAACCGAUCACUUAUGGUUCUCUGUCUUCAGCUUCAAAAGUGAUCCGAGCUUCACCAGACACCAGAGACUGGCCUGCUGUUUGACAAUGUUGUUGAGCAGCCUUCUCACCAGCAUUAUGCUUUACCAAAAAGAGGGGACUGGACCCUUUCGGACAAGAUUAUGGCGAUCUUUGGUAAUUGGCAUUGAAAGUGCAUUAGUAAUGGUGCCGGUGCAGAUUCUUAUAGCUACUUUGUUUGUUUAUGCUCAAAAAGAAAAGGCGAAGUAUGCACAACGUGCAGAUGCAAAACAUCAAUACGAAGAAUUUCAAAAAGCACAUUAUGAAAUCAUACAACAGGAACCAAAGCUGGAUAAGUCUGUGCAGAACAAGAACUGGAAGGAUCGCUUACAGAAAUGGUAUGUGGAUGAUGAAGCUGAUCCAAAGACUGAGGGGAACCUCAAUGAGCCCACACAAGCUGCAGAUGAUGACAUUUAUAAUUUGCUGUCUUAUACUGCUGGGCUGGACAAGGUGGAAAAUCAACCAAGGAAAGCGAUCAUGAACUGCACCAUGCCACAAUCUGUAGCAGAUAAAAUUACCAUUGAUGAUACUGCAGCAGAAACUAAUACCAACACAAAGAAAUAUAGAAGUAAAUCGAAACAUGUUGGUCAACAUCCUCCAACUAAACUCAAAGUAAACAAAAACAAGGAAGCCAGGCAUUCCCUACAGAGCGAGGGCAAAGUUUCUUUACAGUGGAAAGAGGAUAAACAUUCCCUGCAAGGUGAGAAAGAAAGACAUUCCCUGAAGUUGGAGGAGGACCCCUUAGAUUCCAGCAACAUGGUUCUUCAUAAAAAAACAAGCAGUAGACUUCCUUUUUAUGUCUUGUAUCUUGCUUGGUUCAUUGUGUGGUCAAUCUCAAUAACUGCAGCAGUUUUCAUAAUCUUAUAUGGUCUUCAUUAUGGCUUGCUGAAAUCCUGGCAUUGGCUGAUUGCUUCCGUUACUUCGUUCCUGCAGAGUGUAUUUAUUUUGCAACCUCUGAAAAUCGCAGGCUUUUCUCUCCUAUAUGCCUUGCGUCCCAGGCACGCCAGAGAGAUUGACUGGUUAACCGGGGCUAACUGGCUGCAGACAGAUGUGGAGAAAAUGUACAAGAUCAGGGAUGAAUGUUGUGCGAUCAUACCCAAGGAAAUGCGUCAGCACAGAGCACCAAAUCCUGAUGAAUUAAUAAUAGCAAAGAGACAAAGUGUAAUCAGGACAAAAGCUUUAAUAUUUUGCAUACGGGCUGUCACUCACUUGAUAUUCCUUGUGUUACUGUUAUAUGCAAUCUCUUACGAAGACUACAAAAAUUCAUUUCAUUAUAACCAAAUGAUUCGGAUAAAAUUCUCUGAAGAGUUUUUAACCAUCAACACAAUUGAACAAGUCUACACCUGGAUGACAGCGACGUUUCUGCCAUUGAUCCACACUGACAGGGAGCACAAUUUUUUGACAGCAAACAAUUACCAUAUGAUUGGUUUGCCAAGAAUGCGCCAGAUUAGGUCAAAACAAAAAUCUGUCCCUUGCUUUGGAAAGUAUAAUUAUAUGCUCAAAACACCACUGAGGCAGGAGCGUUGUCAUGCUUUAUUUGAUAUCAGUCAGCAGGAUAAAAGGGAAUACAAAGGGGCGUGGACUUCGGUUGUGGAUAAGGAAAGUGGACCUGUCAAAGAUCCAUUAAACUACACAGGGUGGAUUUAUGAAAAUUACCGUUCCCCUUGGUUCUUUUCUUCCAGGGGUGAUUAUCAUUCAUAUCCAUUGGGAGGCUACGCAGUUUAUUUCUCUUCAAACUUGCAAGCUUCGGUAGGAUUAAUGGAGUCGCUCCACAAUGCCAGCUGGAUAGAUAGGAGCACGUGGGCUGUUAUCAUUGAAACCACCAUCUACAACCCAAAUUCUGAUUUGUUUUGUACCAUUUCAGUUAUCUUUGAAAUGAUUCCACUAGGUACAGUCAACAGGAAGUUGAAUGUGAAAUCUUUCUCCCUCCGGCUUUUUGAUAGAGAUAAGAAAAAUUGGCUCCCUAUCACUACUGUGCUCAUCCUUCUCCUGUUAAUUUUUGUUGCAGUGGCAUGUUGGAUGAUGUAUCAAGAUAGGGAAAAUUAUUUUAAAAAGGUUGCGAAUCUUGUCAACCUGGUUCUAGUAGUCCUGCUGCUAGUAACAAUAUUACUUUAUGUGUCCAAAUUUAUACUGGCAAGAAAUGUAAUUAACUAUUACAUGAAAAACCCAAUAUCUUUUAUUCCUUUUCAUGUGAUUUCUGCCUUGGAUCAGCUGUUAAGAUUCAAUGUUGCAUUUUUAAUUCUCAUAACUAUUCUGAAGACUCUCAGGUACACCCGUUUCCUCUACAACGUGCGCUUGGCAGAGAAGUCCAUUGUUGCAGCACUCCCAAGCAUCUAUUCCAUGGCUUUAAUAGCAGCAAUUUACUUUUUUAUCUUUGUGUCCUUUGGCCAUUUGGUCUUUGGUCAAUUUGAUACGAAUUACAACACCAUCCCUCAUGCAGCACAAACUAUCAUGGCAUACUGUGCAACUACUUUUCAGCACACUUCUUUUUCAUAUAGCAGGUUUCUUGGUGGUCUCUUCCUAGGUUUAUUUCUAGUGAUCAUGAUCUGUAUCCUGCUUAACUUGUUUCAGGCAAUCUUCAUUCAGGCCUACGACAAUAUGAAACCAGUUAUUUAUGAGCAGCCAUCAGAGGAUGCCGAUGUGGCUAUUUUUCUAAGGAAUGAAUCCAAACGGUUUUGGUAUUCCUUAUGGAAAAUGCCUCCAAAGCCUGAAACUGAAUAUUCUAAUACAUUGUUCUUCGGAGAAGAUCAUGGAAGAACUUUGAGAUUAAAGAAUAAGGAAAUCAAAGGAAAGAAGAUAAACUACUUAAUUAUCUGA